AUGUCUAUCUGGGACACCCUCACCGGACGCAAGCCGUCGUCUUCCUCGGCGUCGCAGCAGUCGUCGACACCCAGCGAUCAAGCUGCACCCACACAAACACCCACCACAUCGUACUCGCCUACGCCCUUUGACCCGUCUGAAGCGCAAGGUGUAGACCAGUUUCUCAAGGGCUCUGCCUUUUCCGACCCUUCGCAAUUACAUCCUCUGGCCGGCCUCAACAAGGAUAGCCUCGAGUACCUCACCCUCGAAGAUGCCGCCCUGUCAGAACUUCCCGGCUCGCAGUCUGUCAUCCCCUCGCGUGGCUUUAGCGACGAUCUCUGCUACGGAACGGGCAUCACAUAUUUGACUGCCCUCACGAUAGGAGGUGCCUGGGGUCUGCAAGAGGGAUUAAGGAGAUCAGCAGGCCAGCCGCCCAAGUUGCGCCUCAACUCAGUACUAAACGCCGUCACCCGACGCGGUCCGUUCCUGGGCAACUCGGCCGGUGUCGUUGCCAUUACAUACAACUUGUUAAACUCGGGUAUUGGUUACGUCAGAGGCAAGCACGAUGCCUUCAACACGAUCCUUGCUGGUGGAUUGAGUGGUAUGGUCUUCAAGAGCACACGGGGCCUGCGGCCAAUGCUGGUCUCUGGAGGUGUUGUCGCGUCAAUCGCAGGAGCAUGGGCAGUCACCAAGCGUGUCGUUUUUGCCGACCUGGAGCAGCACGAACAAAAGCUGUAA